AUGGCGUCUACCCGCUGCGAGCUCUGGGUCUCGGUGCUGGAGCCUCCGCCUCCGUGGGGCCCGUGCGCGGCCCCCGGCGGCAGCUGGGAGCAGCAGCAGCGAGCAGCAGCAAAAGCUGUUGCUUGUGCUGCGCUGCUGCCAGUGUUUGCGAGGGCUUUGCAGAACAUUAGGGUUUUGGAGGAAGCAGCAGAAGCAGCAGCAAGUGCUGCAGACCCUGACGACAGCAGCAGGCGCAGAGCAGAGCCGCAGCAGCAGCAGCAGCAGCAGCAGCAGCGGCAGCAGCAGCAGCAGCAGCAGCAGAGGCUGGGGGUCUUUUCAUCGAAAGCACGCGCUGCAGCAGCAGCUGCUGCUGCUGCAGCAUCAGCGACGGCAGCAACAGCAGCAGCUGCAGCAGCUGAAGAGGCUCCUCCGCCAGAGGCUGCUCCUGCUGCAGCAGAAGGGCCGGAAACAGCAGCAGCAGACGCAGCAGCAGCAGCAGCAGCAGACGCAGCAGCAGACGCAGCAGCAGACGCAGCAACAGCAGCAGCAACAGCAGCAGAUGCAGCAGCAGACGCAGCAGCAGACACUAGCUGCGACUUAAGCGAGGAAGAAUAUGCUGAUGCUGCAGAAGAACAAUGUGCUGCUGCGGAAGCUGGUGCAGAAGAUGCUGCAGCAAAAGACGCAGCAGCUGCAGCAGCAGAGCAGCAGCAGCACAGCUGGCACGUUCAGACCCUCGAUGUUUCCUUAGAUAAAUUAUUUUGUCACCGUGAGCUGCUGCUGCUGCUGCUGCUGCUGCUGCUGCUGCUGCCGUUGCCUCUGCUGUUGCUGCUGCUGCAGCUGCUGCUGCUGCUCUUUCUGCUGCUGUUGCUGCUGGCAAUGGCUCCAUUGUUGCUGCAGCGGCAGCUGCCUCUCCACUUGCUGCUGCUGCAAUCUCGCCGUCUGCUGCUUGGCUGCUUCCCCGCUGCUGCUGCUGCUGCUGCUGCAGCACACUGUUGCUGCUUCUUCCCGCGCAGCAGCCCACUGCUGCUGCUGCUGCUGCUGCUGCUGCUGCUGCUGCUGUGUCUCCUCAGCGGGCUCUCUGCCGCUGGCGUCUCCAGCAGCAGCAGCAGAAGCAGCAAUGGAAGCAGUUCGAGAACCUUCGGGGGGUUUCUUUCGGUGGCUGCUGCUGCAGCUGCUGCCGCCGUGGCUGCGGAUGCUGGCGGGGGCCCCGCAGCAAACAAGGGGGCCCCCGCGUCCCCUCUGCAGCAGCAAAGCGCUGCCCCCCGCCCCGCUGCAGCAGCAGCAGCAGCGGCAGCAGCAGCAGAAACAGCUGCAGCAGCAGAAGCACCAGCAACUGCCACGGCAGCCGCAGCAGCAAACGCCGCAGGAAACGCAGCAGCAGGAAACACACUCGAAACAGUGCGAGCAGCAGCAGCAGCAGCAGCAGCAGCAGCAGCAGCAGCAGCAGCAGCAGCAGGAGAGUCAGGACAGCCCGGCAGCAGCACAAAGCAACCAGUCCAGCUCCUCCGCUUUAUCGUCUCGAAGCAACAGCCUGAAGAGCAGCAGCAGCAGCAGCUGCAGCAGCAGCAGCAGCAGCCCGCUGCAGCGCAUGCGUUCUUCGCUGCUGGAGGCGCUGCAGCAGCAAACUGCGCAGCCCGCGGGGUGUCUCUGCAUCUGUGA